GUUCGUCCGCGGUGGCCUGCGGGGUGCCCGCAUGUGGCUCUCCACCCUUGUUUUCCAUGUGACAAAUAUUGUAGAGCCAAGACUCAGCCUUGGAUACGAGCACGAACCUCCACCGCCCGACCUGGACAGGCCGGUCUUCCGGGGCUCCGUCUCCCUGUCCCCUGCGCCCCGACACUAGGCUCGUCUCAGUCUCUUGUCUGACGUGGCCGAGGACCCCUCCCAUCUCCAGCAAGGAAGGCCCCGCUGGGUUCGUGAGACGCCCACUUGGCUGGGAGGACACUGGGGUCCUGCCAAAAGGAGCGCACCUUGGGAGGGGUUGGGGCAAGCUUGGCCCUGGCCCGUUGUCUCCCAGCCCCCCUCGCCGUUCCCAUGUUCUUGGAAGGAGGAAGUAAGGAAGGGGGGAUUAGGUGUCCCAGAAAGAGCCCUGGUCAGCCCUCAUGUGGGCCUGGCUCUGGCUCAGCCUCAUUCAACUGGGCGCCCCCAUCUCCAGCCCUCCCCACCCCCCUCCGCCAGGUUCCUGAAGCCCCAAGCACCUUCCAUGGUGGCGGCUGCAUCUCUUCCUGGCCUAUUGCCUGCUUGCCAGUGGUGACACUCUACCCGUGCCAGCCUGGCCCUCAGAGCAGGAGCCUCAGCCAAGAGGCCACCUCUAGACCGGGCUCUCACCCUAUAUCCCCCGACUGUCCCCCACCCAGACUCCAGGAUGUCUUUCUGGAACCAGUUCUGAUCACACGCCCGCCACCACCACCCACCCUGCUUGGAGCCCUCGGCCCCUGUGGCUGGCAGUGACUUGAGGGGGAGGAAUAGGCAAGGGGCUGAGUGAGAGGCUGAGACACUGACUGGCCUCUCUGCCCCCUGGGAGCUCGUGGUCUCGUGGGAGAAGGACAAAACCUGCGCAUAGUAAGCAGAGGGCUGCAAGGGACCAGUGCUGGGCCCAGGGCACCAGGCUGAGAUGGGGUGAUUUCUGGAGAACAGAAGACUUGGGGGGCAGCUUCCUGCCUUUUCCCAGGGUCUCCAGCACCUCUCCUUCCUGACCUCAGACUUCUGCGUGGAGUCACCUUGGCCCUCUUGGAAGCCAAUUAGGCCCCCAGUUGCAGCAAUGGGGAUUACUCUGAUUAAUAACACCCCAAUCUCCCAGGUGCUGAUUCAGACAGGAGCUUAGGGAAGGCAGGUCACUUUAUAAGGGUCUGGGGGUGGGCAGACCUAGGAGUCAUCCAGCCAGAGCUUGGGAGGCCGCACUCCCGCCUCAGCGGCAUUCUUGGGUCUGAGCCGCCCGCGGGGCCGCCCGGGGGCCGCAGCCAUGAACGGGACAGAGGGCGAGAACUUCUACGUGCCCUUCUCCAACAAGUCGGGCGUGGUGCGCAGCCCCUUCGAGUACCCGCAGUACUACCUGGCUGAGCCCUGGCACUUCUCCAUGCUGGCUGCCUACAUGUUCCUGCUGAUCGUGCUCGGCUUCCCCAUCAACUUCCUCACGCUCUACGUCACAGUCCAGCACAAGAAGCUGCGCACGCCUCUCAACUACAUCCUGCUCAACCUGGCCUUCGCCGACCUCUUCAUGGUCUUCGGCGGCUUCACCACCACCCUCUACACCUCUCUGCACGGAUACUUCGUCUUCGGGCCCACGGGGUGUAACCUGGAGGGCUUCUUUGCCACCCUGGGAGGUGAAAUUGCCCUGUGGUCCUUGGUGGUCCUGGCUGUCGAGCGGUACAUGGUGGUGUGUAAGCCCAUGAGCAACUUCCGCUUCGGGGAGAACCACGCCAUCAUGGGCGUCGCCUUCACCUGGGUCAUGGCGCUGGCCUGCGCCACACCCCCCCUCGUCGGCUGGUCCAGGUACAUCCCGGAAGGCCUGCAGUGCUCGUGCGGGAUCGACUACUACACACUCAAGCCAGAGGUCAACAACGCAUCCUUUGUCAUCUACAUGUUCGUGGUCCACUUCACCAUCCCCAUGGUGGUCAUCUUCUUCUGCUACGGGCAGCUGGUCUUCACAGUCAAAGAGGCGGCUGCCCAGCAGCAGGAAUCAGCCACCACCCAGAAGGCUGAGAAGGAGGUCACGCGCAUGGUCAUCAUCAUGGUCAUCGCCUUCCUGAUCUGCUGGCUGCCCUACGCCAGCGUGGCGUUCUACAUCUUCAUGCACCAGGGCUCCAACUUCGGCCCCAUCUUCAUGACCCUGCCAGCAUUCUUUGCCAAGUCUGCCUCCAUCUACAACCCUGUCAUCUAUAUCAUGAUGAACAAGCAGUUCCGGAACUGCAUGCUCACCACCCUCUGCUGUGGCAAGAACCCGCUGGGGGAUGACGAGGCCUCCACCACCGUGUCCAAGACGGAGACCAGCCAGGUGGCGCCAGCCUAAGCCUUGCCCGGGACUCUGCUGCCACUGCAGGAGUCUCCCUCCCGCGUGCCCACCCCCAGCGACAGCGGCUCCUCCAGGAGCCUGACAGAACCAGGUUGCACAGGAUUUCUGAGUUCAAAACAAAGAAUUAAUGAGAGGAAAAUGCUCCCCACUCAGCAGGGAUGGCCUGGUCUGGAACCCUGAGUUCCCAGGGGCUGGUGGGAUCCAUACCCCUCCUCUCUAACUCACCUCUCAGGAGCGUGACCACGCCCACCCUCUGGAAAAGCCCAGCGUGGGGUACACAGUAGGUGCUUAAUACAUGCUAGAUGGAUGAAGGAAGGAACGAAUGGAGGAACAAAUGAAGGGAUGACUGGAGAGGGAGAGCUCAUCUGGGUUCCCAACAACCUUAGCAGCGGCAGUUCAUCCUUGGCUGAUGGCAUUGAGCGGUUGUUUUUCUCCCUGGGUCGCACUUUCUUCCCUGUAACAUGGAAACCCCACAUCACCAGCCCUCUGAGCGUAGCUGCUGUGACGACCAAAUGUGUGUGUGAGGGGAGAGAGGGGGAGAGAGAGAGGAUAUGUGAUGUGCGUGUGGAUGUAUGUUUAAGCACUUUGUAAACGGUAAGGAGCUAUACAGACUGUAGUUGACAGUACAAAUAAUAUCAAUUCAUUAAUUAUAAUGAUCAGCUCCUUUCUUCUGUUUGGGUGAUUUCUUUUUAAAGAAAUAUUAUUUUAUUGUAAGAUUUUUAUUUAUUUUGUGUGGAAGAACUGGGUAUAGGCCAGAGGUGCAGGGGGUGAGAGGAUUCACCAGAGACCGAGUGGGGAGCAGAACAGGCAGAUCUACUGAAACACACUGCUAAGGGGAGCAGAAAGUGAGACAGGAGAGGUCUGCUGCGCCAUGUGGGUAGCUCCCUGGCCGGGGAUCAAACUCAUGCCACCAUGGAGUGCCUUUGCAGUGGUAAUACUGAGACUUUAACCCUAGGCCUCCUAGGGCCUCCAUCAGGCCUCCAUCAGGCCUCCAUCAGGGAGGCCUCCAUGGGGUGAUUUUUUUAAUUGAACUAUAAUUGACAUACAACAUUAUAUUCUAGGUAAACAACAUGAUCUGACAUUUGUAUGAUUGAUAAAUGAUCAUCAUAUAUGUCUCUUUACAUAUUAAUAUAUAUUUGUUUGAUCACAUCUUCUUGAUAGAGGGCACUUUGAGACUGGGCAAGGUCUUGAGCAUCCAGCCUCAGCAGAUUGUUAAAUGUUAGCCAGGUAGGUAUCAAGAUUGUUAGCCAGGUAGGUAUCAAGGCCCGACCAGGACUCGGGGGCAGGCUGCAGGGAGAGAUAAUCCAGGGGUGCUGAAUGUACCAUCAGACCUGAGGAAACGAAGGCCCCAGGUCUCACCUCUGGCCUGAACCCAGGUCCAGAGCCUCCCCAUCCAGCGCAGCCUGUUGAGAGAGAGGCCUUUCUCUCAGCUUCUGGAAACCACCUGCGCUCCUGCCCACCUUUAAUGAAGAGCUCGACUUCAUGUCACCUUGGUCACGAAGAGCUUAGAAACAAAAAGUGGGAAAGUCAGCUGGGCUCACCGCCCUGGGGUCUUCCCUGGUCCCAGAUUCUAGCUCCCUUGAUGAAUGAGUCCGUUCAGCAGCUCCAGGCCAUUCUCUGUCCUGGGGCAGCCUUACUGCAAAACUUACUGGGAGUCUGGAGCAUCAGGAUUGAGCCACCUCAGUCACCCCAUCCUCACACCACCAAAGCUGGAAGCUCUAACUCCCCAGCUCUGCCUGGAGACCAAGACAAACUGGGGCAUUAAAAGCUCAGCUUCUACACCUGGUGUUAACGGUGGGUUCGUUGCUCUCAAGCUCUUCAUCUGCAGGGUGAAUUGAAACUGGGCAGCACCCACUGACCCUGGGAUCUGUUUGGGCAACCAGCAUGGACCAAUGAGGGAGUGGGGUACAGGGAGAAGAUCUGGGAAUGGGGAAAACCCCAACUUUGGAGUCAGAGACCCAGGUGUGCUGUGAAGCUGCAAGCAAGUCUCCAUGAGCCUCCUGGUCUGCAAAAGGGAAACUUAAACCAGCUUUGAGGGGAUCAGAUGAGGGCAUAGCCUACUUCCUGGCACACAGCAGAUGAGAGGCCUGGUGUUACUUGGGCCUCAGCUCAGAGCUGGCCUUACCAUGCAUCCCAUCUGUUAGGGUAACAGGAUGGAGGUAUGGCUCCCAAGGGUUACCCACAUCCUCCAAGGUGGGGGAGAGGGCAGCAAGGUCCUCAGUGUCCUUGAGUCCAGAGGAGUGGGGCAUGUGGUAACUAGCAUCUUUGUUGUUCCCCUUUCUGCCUUGUCUCCCUAAGUA